AUUAUUUUUAUUAAACCACCUUUCAUUUUCUAAUACUCUCUUAAGUUCUGUGUACAUCUUCUCUCACCCUCUCUUUCUAAAGCCAUCAUCUUAAGUUCUUCCUCCUAAGGUCAAAGUAUAUUUUGUGCUUCUCCUAACCAGCGAUCUUAAUUACUACUAGUCAUCAUGGAAGUGCUUCUGGGUCUUUUGCUUCUUCUCUUGGCCUUUACCAAAUCUUCAAGUGCAAUUUACUGUGUCUGCAAAGAUGGGAUAGGAGACAAAGAGCUUCAAACAGCAAUAGACUAUGCAUGUGGAACCUUAGCUGAUUGUAAUCCAAUCCAUGACAAGGGUCCUUGUUAUCAACCUAACACCAUCAAAAGCCACUGUGAUUGGGCUGUUAACAGCUACUUCCAGAACGCAGCUCAAGUCACUGGAAGCUGCGAUUUCUCCGGCACUGCCACUACCAAUCAAAACCCACCUUCCAAUUUGGCUACUGGCUGCAUCUAUCCUUCAAGUCCUAGCUCUUCUACAAGGUCACCUCCAUCGACAACACCACCAACGGGAACAACUCCUCCGACGUCUAACGGAACUACUCCAAAUACAGGAAACCCGUUUCCAGGAACUCCGUUGUUCCCGGGAACUCCUCCGGUGUUUGGUCCAACCGGAGGUUUUAACCCAGGCAACGGAGGGAGUGGUGCUUCAAGUUUGGUCAUCUCCUCUGUUUUCACACUCUGUUUCUCAUUACUAGCGUUUCUAUGGGGUUGUGAUGUAAGGUUGUGAUUUCGCCACGUGUAGAGAGACAAAGACGUCCACUUUUGUGUUAGUCUUUGAUUCUAUUUUGGGUGGAACAUGAAAGCUUAGGCGUUUGUUGCGCUAUCGUCUAUGUAAAGGUUGGUCUAAUCUUGAGUAAAAACAAUGAAAAAAUAGAACAUCAAUCUUAGUGUUGAGAAUGGCAACAAGCGUUUUGAGAA